UCGAAUACGUGGAAACUUUGUUUUGCUUUUGCAUCCAUAUCCCUUUCACCGACCAGCAAAGAACAUCUGUGUGGCCUGUUACUAACAACAUGAAUGAAGCGGAAAUUCCGAUCGACAUCGCCGCUGGCAAGCUGCUGGAUUGGUUGAUUUCCCGACGAAUCGUUGACAAAAAUUGGCACUUGCAUAUCCGCAACAUUCGUAACAAAAUCAGCAAUGCCAUCACGGACAUGCCCGAGCACGACGAGCUGUUGCAGCUGCUGUCCGGUGCACAUAUCAACUAUUUCCACUGUCUGCGGAUCGUGGACAUUCUGAAGACCACGGAAGCCGACUCGAAGAACGUGUUUGGCCGUUACGGUAGCCAGCGCAUGAAGGACUGGCAGGAGAUUGUAAAGAUGUACGAAAAGGAUAACCUGUACCUGGCGGAAGCGGCCCAAAUACUGGUGCGCAACAUCAGCUACGAAAUCCCGGGCAUACGCAAACAGAUCAAGCACCUGGAGCAGCUGAGCGAGGAAGCGGACAAGAAGGUGGAGGAUCUGGAACGCUCCGAAAAGGUGGUGAUGGCGGAGUAUCAAAACAUGUGCAAGCAGCUGGGCGUUACGGGUACAAACCUGCGGCAGGAGCUGGUGGACAAAGUGUUCAACGACUUACCCGGCAUGCUCACGAAGGUGGCCAGUUCGGUAGCGCCGCUGAAGAAAACGGUCGAACUUUACGCCUCGUUUAUGAACGAUGCGGAGUGCUUGACACUGUUGAAGCACGUGCUGGCCAAGGGUAACACUACCGUGUACGAGUUUGUGUACGGUGAGCCACCGCUCUCGAUCGAAGAACCGCCGGUCAAGUUUGUCACGGAGCAGCAGCAAGAGGCGGCAGAUGAUGGUGGUGCAAUCGAUUUUGGGGACGACGAUGGUGGUGCGAUCGAUUUUGGCGAUGCAAGUGGGCUGGAUCUCGAUGCACCGGUCGAGCUGGAGGUUGGCGAUAUUGAUUGGGGAGCGGCGGAUGAGGGUGCCGAUCCGGCCCUGGCAGGAGCGAACGAUGGCAAUGUGAUCGAUUUUAACAUUUCCCUGGAAGAGAGUGGUAUCGUCGUGGAGGAGGACGGUAAUCUGGGUGGCGUUGCCAAAGGCGACGAAGCGUUCACCGUUCUCGAUGCACAGCAGUACCGGGACCGGUUCGUGAACGAUCUGUUGGAGCUACAGUCGUUCUUGAAAAUGCGCCUCCAUCAGCUGGGAAGCGCAGAUAAGGCGCAGGUACUGGCGUUUGCCAUUAUGGACAAUUUUAAGGACCACGACGAAAAGACGGUGGCAAGUAUGCUGGCCGAGGUGGAAGUCGUGUACGCGGGUGUGACGGACGAGCUGUUGCAGCAUUUGCUUCAGAUCAAACAUUCCCCAGUGUACGUGGACAUUUUGACCUCGAACGUGAAGCAAAAACUAACGUCGAUCGAUAAGAUGAAGGAGACGGCACUGAUGAAGCGGGAAAAAUCGGUCAGCUUCAAGCAGCAGAGCGUCGAGCUGAAACCGACGCAGGCAAAAAUCGUGGAGCAGACGAAAACGCUCCAAGGGCAGAUAGAGAAGGACAUUUCCAAGCGGUACAAAAACCGCCCCGUCAACCUUUACGGUACUAAUCUGUAGUAGUGGCGCAAUGGCGCUUCGUUGAUUUGUUCGCUUGACUUGUAAUGCCUACUAAGAUGUUAAUAUAUGUAGAAGGGACCAGGGCGUUUGAAUUCAAAAAAGCCUAC